AUGAGGGGGACACGGCUGGUGCUACUGAUGCUGGUGCUGGCGACCUGCGGCCACGAGCUCGCGGAGGCCCUGCGAUGCUACACCUGUCAUGAGCCUACUAGUGUGUCCAGCUGUGUUGCCGUUGCCACCUGCCAUGCCAACGAGACCAUGUGCAAGACCACCGUCUACAGCCUGGAGAUAGUAUACCCCUUCGUGGGGGACUCCACGGUGACCAAGUCCUGCGCCGUCAAGUGUGUGCCCUCGGACGUGGACGGCAUCGGCCAGACCCAGCCGGUGUCCUGCUGCAACACGGACCUCUGCAACAUAGACGGGGCCCCUGCCCUGGCUGGUGGCUGCGGCCUGGCCUUGGCGCUGGCGCUCCUCCUGCUGGGCAGCCUCGGCCUCUAG